AUCUAAUAGUGUAUAACUGAAGUUAAAGUUAAUGUUAAAGAUUGUUACAAAAAAACAAAACAAAAACAACAACAAUUGUUACAAACACUUUCAAGAUCUCUUGAAACAAAAAAAAACAAACAACAACACAAUGUUAGGACAACUUUUAAUGGUAUUGUUUGCCAGUAUUACAGUUCUUUCUGGUGUGUUUGGAGCAACAUGUGUUACUAAACCUACUUGUGAGAGGACAGACUACACACUACCAUUGUGUGUCAGCGGGACCUGUGCUUGUCUCAACUCAUCGUUUGUACCUAUACGUUCUGGAUGUGCUUUACAGAUGUAUAAGCCUGUUAUAAAGACUGACAUGGCUAGUUCCAAUCAAGUCUUUUACGGCGGACCUAUCACACUGUACUGUGAUGGAACAUAUGGAGCAGAAACCUAUGAAUGGUAUCUUGGUACGACCAAACUAAAUACUACUACUUACACAUACUCCGCCAUAGCAUCAGCUUCUAAUGUUGGAUCAAUUAGAUGCAGAGGGCUAUCGAAAGAAACUGUUGUGACUUCUCCACUAAGUGAUGCUUUCAUAGUAGAGAUGUUAGGUGGACCUGGUGGAUUAACUGCAUCAAAUGUACGGCCUACGGUAGAAAUGAGAACGACUGCGGCCUUCAACGGUUCUUAUGAAUUUAUCUACUGUCAAAACACGCCAAUGGGAUACAGAGAUAUAACGUAUACGUUGAACGGAGUGGAUACUAGAGAUUCCGGUGUGACUAUAGACAGUACCAACGCAGGUCAAGAUGUCACGUGCUCAUUGACAUCUCCAUCUUCUGGAGUCACUUUUUCUAAUCCAACAAGUGCUGUCACAAAACUGCCAAUAUUAGUUACAAACAUCUUGAAUGUCACUGUCCUGAACACAAAUAAAGCGUUUCUGGAAUGUUCCUUUAUUCCUUCUAUGAAAGAAUAUGGUUCAAGAACAUUUAUUUUUACUUGGCAGAUGGACGGCAAAACUAUAAACAACGAAUCAAGCCCUAUAUUUUUUCCUUCAGUUGUGGGUUCCUAUGACGUCACAUGCGCCGUACAAAUGGAUAAUCAAACAGUUGUUCCUUCGAUCAAUAAAUUUAGAGUGAACAUUGUUGAUGACACUGGACUUAUAGCCAGCGCAACAAAACCCCUACAAGGUGGUCGCGUGAUACUGGUUUGCGGCGGACGUACUUCAGACCAACACAGAUACCAAUGGGGAAAAGGAAAAUACGACAUAGUCGGACAGUAUGACAGGAAACUUCAGCUCGACAACGUCAGUGCACAAGACAACGGCGUAUACGUAUGUAGGCACGAAAACAGAGUUCAAAAGAUAUUUUCAACAAGCAUAGAAGUAUUGACAACUAUUUCCAAGCCAGUUAUUGAGAUCAUUGGAUCUUCUGGAGGUGCAACAAGAUUUGGUGAGACGGGGGACUACUGGCUAGUGUGUACUACUGAUUCAGGAGUUGAUAGUAUGACUUUUGAAUGGACAAUCAAUGGUGUGAAAGCCUCAGUAACAGAUAAAUUCUACCCCUUACGGUCUAUCGCCAGCAGUAAGAACGGUGUCUAUGUUUGUAAGGCCAUGUUUAAAAACCUGAUCAGUGAAAGCAGUGACCCCAGAACCGUCACUGUUACGAAACCUGGUAAGCUGUGUUAUUAUGACAACAUGUGCGUCCUACCUUAUGAUGGCUACACAGGUCAGUGUGACGUCAAUGACAGGUGUGAAUGCUCAGAUGGUUACUCACAAAAAGGAGAGGUUUGCUCGAACGGUGUCCUGUACAAUAUCAGCAUCGCCCUCGUCUCAGUGGUCGCCCUUCUUCACUCCAGACUUAUUUAGAGAGGGAGAAGAUACUUAGAUCUAGAUUUUUUUAAUGCAUAAAUGAUCCAUUGUUAAUAUUACUUUUUAAAGUCGUUUUAUUUUUCACUAUCUUCUUAUUUUAUAUUCUUGUAUAUAACUAUUUGUUCACUAUUGUUUUAAGGCUGGCAUAAUCUACUUAAUCUACUGAUAUCGUUAUUUAUUGGAAGGCUAAAAAGAAACUGAUUUAAUCAAAGAAAGUAUUUUUUAAGUUUCAUUACCUGAAAAUAAAAAAUUGUACACGUUAAUUCUCCCAUUUCCCCUUCUUGAAUAAAGUUGAAAUUUUACACAGUUACCCAUUGUAGAUGACAAACCAUGAAUCAAUUUGAAAAAUACAGUAAGUUAAGUAGUUAUUGUUAAUUUUAAUAAAAAGGGAGAUACAUCUCGCAGCAUUUAGAGAUAUGACAAACGUGUUUGUUAUCAUUAAAUAAGCUUUGUUUUCAUAUUUUUUAAAUAGUUUACUUGUUCGCUUAAUUACUAUUAUCGUCUAUGGAAUGACGCGUGCCAGUAGAGGAUACCGAUUACACAAGAGACACACAUUGAAGAUGUACAUUGUCUCAGAUUGGAGCUUUUGUCUUCUCCAAUCCAUCUUGACUUCGUGUGUUUCCGAUUUUAAAUUCAAUCCUCGAAUGUUAAUUUUACAACUCAAUUUGUAAAUGUUACUUUUGGGUCUGUAUAAACAUGUGUAUGAACAAGAAACUAUUGUACAUGUGUAUAAAACACAAGAGUGAUAAUCCGAGGUCACUUUUUGUUCCAUAUCUUUAUUUCUGUGACGUAAAUUCUUGACGUCUUAUUGUACUACACUUUUGCAAUAACAGGAAACAAGUUGUCUUAUCUUGCCACUGACAGUCUGAAGUGGACCAAUGCAAUUCUGCAUGGUGCACUGUGCGAUAAUGCUUUUAUUUUUAAAGGUAUUAUAUGGUGAAUGGCAAUGGGUGAUAUAUAAUCUGUGUAUCUUCCAUAUCGUGCUAUACACUAUCAAACAUUUAAAGACAAGUGCUAUCCUAAUAAUAACUCG